CAGACGUCGUCAUUUUAUUUCGUUUCGUUUCGUUCAUCAAUAAGUACGCAAAGUCUUUUGCCAUGGAACGCCUACUGACCAUGUUCGAGGAGGCUGAUCCCUUUUCCACCUGGUGGCCAACCAUUGCGGCCCUUGCAGUGGGCAUUGUGAUUACAGUGCGGACCAUAAUGAGCGGGCAACGGUGUCCCAAUGAUAAUCAAAUCAAGGAGCAAAUUGUUGUCAUAACCGGAGGGAACAGCGGCAUUGGCUUUGAAAUAGCCAAAGCUCUGGCUGGUCGUGGUGGCCGCAUAAUCCUUGCCUGCCGUAAUAUGGUUGCCGGUGAACGCGCCGCCGCCAUUAUUAAGCGAGAACUGGGCUGCCAUACGCCCACUACACCUGGCGAUGAUGUUAAUCCGGCAGACCGUUAUUUUGUGGAGGCUCGCUACAUCGAUCUGAACUCCCUGCGUAGUGUGCAUCAGUUUGCCCAACAGCUAAUGGCCGAAUUUGAGCACAUCGAUGUGCUGGUUAACAAUGCGGGCUUGGUGUUCGCCAACACUCAAGUGCCCACCGAGGAUGGGUUCGAGCGGCACAUUCAGGUGAAUUAUCUGGCGCCAUUUCUGCUGACCCAGCUGCUGAUGCCGCAUCUGAAGCGUGCGGAACAGGGACGCGUCGUGUUUGUCUCCUCACAUGCCCAUCAGGCGGCCAAAAUAGAUUUUGAUGAUCCGCUAAAUGUGGGCACUUGGGCAGUUAAAUUCCAUCCACGUGAUGCAUUUGCACACUCCAAAUUGGCAGUAAUAUUGGCCACACGUUGGCUAGCCAAAGAGUUAAAAGAUACCUCGGUCACGGUCAACUGCUGUACGCCCGGACUAGUGCGUGGUACGCGCCACCUGCGCAAUUCGCCGCUAAUGUCGGCCAUUUGCAUUAAAGUUAUAACCUACCCAUGGAUGUGGCUGUUCAUGAAGAAUGCCUACGAGGGAGCCCAAUGUGCCAUACGCCUGGCCACGGAUCCACAGCUGAAGCAAGUAACCGGCGAAUAUUUCAAUGACUGCGAAAUUGUUCCAAGUUCGGAGGCUGGCCAAGACAAGGAAUUGGCCAAGAGAUUGUAUAUGCAAACCAUAAAAACACUCGAGCGCGUUACCAAACUAACAGUCGACAAGGAGGCAGUAACUGCCGGGAAUCAGACCGAGCAGACGGAGCUGAAGGAACUAACGGAGGAGUGAUUUAUGCCUGGCACGCAGCCUGUCGACUUCGGGGACUGCAACUGCAACGUCUAUUUGCAUUUGGUUUAACAAUUGCCGCAUUAGGCAGCCUCUACUGAGACUGAGACUGAAACUAAGACUGGGACAAAAGGAGCGGCAGGCUGGCAUGAAGGCAGGCAGGCCACUUAGGACCGCCUUUUUAAGGGCGCCUGCAACUGAAGUUGAAGCCGGAGUCUUUUGCCUCUAAGCGGUUUUAUUUUAAGAAAUAAAUAUAUCUUUAAUG